CAAAAAGUGUUUCGAAUCGAUAAUAGUUUUUAUUAAAUAAAUAAAAUUACAUUUAAUAAUAAAUUCUCGCUGUGUAUUUAUGAGACCAAAAAAGUUUAUGUGUGUGCAAUGUAAUACUUUUCAUUAAGUACAGCGGCUGUAAUAAGAAUUUAAUGGAGUUUUACUGUACUAAAAAUAUCGCAACGCUUCAGCGAUUGUAUUGUCCGGAAAUGUUUUAUUUCUCCACGUAUUGUGAUAGAAUCUGUUGAAAAUGGACCUUUCCCCGGACGAGGACAACUUUCAAGGGCGCCUGUUGCAUCAGGCAGCACUAUGGGAUAACGUGGAGCUCCUCGAGGAGUUGCUAGCGGGUGGCGCGGAGGUUGACGCUCGCGACUCGCGGCAUCGUACAGCGCUGCACGCGGCUGCUCUAGCGGAAAGGAGCCGCUGUUUAGUAGCGCUUUGUGCUGCCGGUGCUGAUGUCGACGCUAGGGCUGACGACUCCGCCGGCGGAAAGACGGCGCUGCACAUAGCAUCGGAGCGCGGUCACGUGGAGAACAUACUUGCGUUACUCCGCGCCGGCGCAGACGUAGAUCUACGCGACGCUGGCGGAGACACGCCUCUAGCGCUCGCCGACAGAAACAGGCGAAGACAUGCGGCGCAAGCGUUGCGGGAACACAGGGAUGCAUUGGAACGAGAGCGCCUCACCCAGCACGGGCGGCUGCGCGAGCUGGUCUCCCGCGGCGACGUGGUCCAGCUUAAGGCAGCCCUAGCGGCACUUGGCUCCAACGCCGACCUCGUGGUCAACCUCACGCCGGGCGCUGCCAACACGCUCUUGUACACUGCAUGCGAGGCGGGUCUAACAUCUGUGGUUGGAGUGUUACUGGAGGCGGGGGCGGACGGACGUGCCCAUGCUAUCACCAAAUACGGCCCCCUCUACGUGGCCUGCUACCAGGGUCACUUGGAGAUAGCUAAGAUGCUGCUGGUGCACUUUCCAAGGGCUGUACAGCAAGAGACUGUGGAGAAAUGGCUGCCUCUCCACGCUGCCUGCAUCGGUGGCCAUGCCUCCCUCGUCACGUUGUUACUGGAGUACCCUUACCCUCAGGAUAUGCUAUAUACUUACACGUCUGCUAACGGCGAGCGUCAGUACCGCGCGGCUUUCGACAUAAACGCGCGCGACGCGAGCGGUCAGACCGCGCUGUUCGUCGCGUGCUCGCUGGCCAACAUGCCCGUCGUGAACGCACUGCUCGACCACACUGUACAGCAUGCGCCUGCGCAGAGCGAACGCCCACCAUCCGAUAGUCCUGAGCCCACGACAGCUGGCAGCGACGCCUCGAAGGCAUUAAGUCCGCAACGCUCAAUCUCGCUUGGCAUACACGCCAUCGUCAGCAAACUGACCGGUGGCAGUGGGAAUAAGCAGGACGCUGACGACUCGUCCCGCCUAUCUCCCGUGUGCGUGGACGCAGUCGUUAACGGAGAGAGCUGCGUAUCUUUAGCUGUGCGAGCGAAUAACGCGAGACUAUUGAAGCGAUUGUUGAAGGCCGGGGCUAAGGCUGAUGCCCCAGCUGCUCCACCCUUACAGCGCGGCGUCGGCGAUGGUCGUGAACUGCGUCGUCGCUCGCGCAGCGCUUCUGCGGCAGUGCAGCGCAACACCAGCGUAGACAGGUCGUGCCGUGACGGCGACGACCGGGAUGGGUGGUCGGCGUUGCGUCUAGCAGCCCGCCUUUCCUUCGUGCCUCUAGCAGAGAUGCUGCUAGACGCUGGGGCCACGGAUCCUAGCGGUCGGGCCGCUAGCGAGGCGGCAAACAAUAACCUGAAUUCCUUGCUCGCCAGGAUAUUGGCUACUAAGGCGUACCCGGACCCCGAGUACAAGUUGGACAAGUCAGCGAUAUCGGCCGCGGUUCUGAAUUCACGGGCACAAGACAACGCCUUAACUUAUAACGCUAGAUGUCCCUCCACGCCCGUCAUGAUCACAUGGAGAGAGCUGCGAUGUAAACUGCCCGCCAUCAGGAUGUCAUGGUUGCGAGGCGCUGCUAUGCACGUGAACCCUCGUCUAGUUUCUCCAGCGGGGGCUCUGCUGGCCGUCACCCGCGUGGAUGUCGCCAACAACGAGCUGAGGCAGUUGCCUCCGGAUCUUUUCACGCUGCUCUCGCUCAAAUAUCUAAAUGCGGCACAAAACAAGCUAGAGAGACUCCCCCAGGAGGGGGACCCGUUCGAGGAGGAACCGCCUAAGGGUCGUGGCAAACGGGCGCGGCCGAAAGUGUACAGCGCGCCUUCAUUACAAGAGAUUUACUUACAGGACAAUCGGCUAGAAGAGUUGCCCCCUUCGUUAUUCCUUCUUCCAUCACUCCAAACGUUGGACGUGUCCAACAAUAAGCUUCGGUCUCUUCCUUCGAGUAUGUGGCGAUCGCCUUCCUUAAAGGAUUUGUGCGCCGCCCUUAAUCAUCUGAGAGACUUGCCUUUAUAUCAGGAACCAGAAUGCUCAUCUCCCGUACCACAAUCUCCGUGUGAUGUGUCGUCUGCAAACAGCUCGGUCUGCGAACAAUCUACAGAAGCUGCAGUAUCUCAUUCGUCGUCCCGCAGUCCUUCUAUAGAGGGCGACACUUUAGAGGAUGAGGACGCACCAGUUACAAUUGCCAAUCGAGCAGAGAACACGGUGUGUACACCAGUGAAAUGCGCGCACUCGUGGCGCGGCGAGGUGGAGCCGGAGAUAUCCUCCCCCCCACCGUCGUCGACUGGUGGCAGUUGCUUGCAAGCAUUAAGUCUGGCUCACAAUCAAUUAACUUGUGUUCCGCCCGCCUUAGCCUGCCUCGCGCCUGCUUUGACGAGGCUCAACCUCGCUUAUAAUUCGCUUAGGUCGAUGUCAUACGUGACGUCAUACCCGACCGGAUUACGUCAGCUGGACCUCAGCCACAACGAGAUCACGUGCUGGCCUAGUCUUCCGCAGAUUGACACAUUCGGCUCUGUGGAGGGCGAUCCCCUGACCUGCUACUGCCCUCAAGGGGCGCGGGUGGCCCGUCCCCGGCCCCGAUCCGGGGCUUCUACGUCCACACGCAGUCUUCUACUAUCUGCCGCUUGUCCGGCGAGGAGGCAUCUCCGACUGGACGCUUUGAGGACGCUGAUCCUGUCAAACAAUUUGCUGACCAAAAUCCAACUGACGACGGACGAUGACGACGGACUCGAACCGGAGCCAAGACGAGACGACGACGAGGAAUGGGACGGUUCAGGCACCGGCCUCAGAUCUCGCCUCGUGUUCCCCCUACUGUCGAUGCUGGACGUGUCGUGCAACAUGCUGCGGCAGGUGCCGCCCGCCAUCCACGCGCUGGCCAACCUCGCCGUGCUCAACAUCAGCGGGAACAAGGAUAUAACGGACUUGCCUCCCCAAAUGGGUAUGCUAUCACGUCUCUGGAGCAUCACGGCCACAGGAUGUUCCCUUCAAGAGCCUCUACAAUCUCUCCUCAUGCCCCGCGGAGGGGGAGGCCGGUCCUCCACGUCGGCACUGCUACGCCAUCUGCAGGCGGCACUGCAUCACGCCAAACCCUAUCCGAAGAUCAAGCUGAUGCUGUGCGGGCAACAGGGCAUCGGCAAGACGAGUCUGCUGGAAUGUUUGCGCCAAGAAUCUGCAAUACACCACCGAAGGAAACCAACAGAGCAUUGGGCCAAGCGUAUGGGCAACAAGGGCAGCCGCCGCAACCUGUCCACCGUGGGCGUGGACAUCGGCGCGUGGGUCUACGAGAAGCAGAGGUCCAAGCGUGGGCCUGUGACCUUCCGCACGUGGGACUUUGGCGGGCAGCAGGAAUAUUACGCGACACACCAGUACUUCUUGUCGCGUCGCUCGCUCUACCUGGUGGUGUGGAAAGCCACCGACGGCCGACGCGGCCUCCACGCCGCCGUCACGUGGCUCAGGUCUAUACAAGCUCGCGCUCCCGGCUCGCCCGUCGUCAUGGUCGCUACACACUACGAUCAGGUCGCCAACUGCAACUUGCCGGAGAGCGAGAGUCCUGAAGCCCUGCAGCGCCUAAUCCGGUGUAACAUAAUGGGAGCCGCCGACGCCGACAAGCGGGGACUGCCCAGGGUGCUUGAUUCCAUAGAGGUAUCUUGCAGCACUCGACACAACAUCAGGUUGCUGGCUGACAUCAUAUACUCCGUGGCCUUCACCAUCAAGCUACCGGGUAGCAAAGAACCACUACUACAGCAGGCGGUAGCGGCGCAGUACUUGCAUCUGGAGGAAUGUGUGACUCAACUGGCACUCGAACCCGCGCACCCGGUGCUGCCCCACCAGCGGUACACCGCGUUGGUGUCAGCGUACUUCAGCCAGCGCGGAAUGCGCGGGUUCCGUGAUGCAGCUGAACUGCAUCAGGCCACCAUGUUUUUACACGAGAACGGAGUACUGCUGCACUAUGAUGACGCGACCCUCAAAGAGCUAUACUUCGUGAGACCGCAGUGGCUGUGCGACCUGUUAGCUCACGUAGUCACCGUGAGGGAGAUCAACCCUUUCGCCAGCAACGGUGUGAUGCGUACAGAAGACCUAUGGCACGUGUUCAAGGCGUCCCCCCUUGUCGCCGGCGGAGGGGAGGAGGCGCUAGGGCUGGCACUCUCCUUGCUAAACAAGUUCGAACUAGCCCUGGCUUGGGAUGCAAGAUUACUGCUGGUGCCAGCCCUAUUGCCGGAGCAACCGCCUGCGCAGCCUCAGCUCCACCUUCGUUCGCGCGCCUGUGGGCGGUCUUGGGCGGGAUCCGCCCCCGUACAACUCGUGCCCUCUCUGCCCAACAAUAACGACACGACAACGACACCGACCCCGGAGAUAUCGGUCCGCGGCCGCAGUAGCAGCAGUCCGCUCCGCCGCGUUCUGGUCGUGUCUUAUGUUCCGCGCGGAUUCUGGCCGCGUCUCACCGCUCGCUUACUGGCGGAUAAUACGCUGUGGACUCUGCCCGCGAGGCUGUACAACAAACCGCCCGAGCUCGAACAAGACGAAGCUGUCAGCAAAGCCCUGGAGUCAAACUGGGGCUGGACCCUCUGGUCUACCGGGGUCCGUCUGUCCAGCGGAGAUCUGACGCUGCUGCAGCUGCAUGAGGUCCCUCCGACCAGGGACCCUCUGUUACCGCUGCCGGACAACGACCAGCAACACCCAGACGGGAUCAGAUACCUGGUCCGCUCGGAAGGUUCCUGGUGUCCCCUGGACGCGUGCUCGUCUGCCCGUUUAGAGCUGAUGCUGCCCGCACACACCGCCAUACUGAGGCGGACUGGUGACAGUACUAUUGGAGGAUAUCAGAGCAUUUGUCUGGAACCGAACCCGGAGACGCUGGCGAAGGCGCUGGCCCUUGUAACCGAUCACCUGGAUCUGCUUCUCGAAGACUGGUACCCAUCACUCGGUACUAGAUUCGUCCACACAUCAGAGGGGCGGUGCCUCAUCACGCGCCUGGUGCCGUGCCCGGCGUGUCUGCGCGACGCCGAAAACGCCGAAGACGCCGGAAACAACGCCGGAAAUAAUGCUUUGUCAGUCGACCGUGCCGAACAAGCGUUACCGCUAGAAAUGGGCGGAGCUCGUCGGCUGUCUCAGGAAUCGAGGGCUUCGGACCGCGACAGUGGCGUCGGCGCUGAAUCAAACGCGUCGUCCCGCAUUGGCUCAGUAGAAGGGCGAGCGGAUGCGGACGCGGAAGCGGACGUUGUAGCGGAAGCGGGAGCGACGGCGGUCUACGCUUGGGCUCUGGAGGAAUGCGUUCUGUUCGCGUGCUCGGGAAUCGAACCCGCGUGCCCGGUGCAUGGAGACGUGGCUCUAAGGGAGUUAGCUCCUGACACUUUACUUUUAGACGUGGAAGAAGACAAACGCGCCCGUUGGGAAGACAUCACCCGGACCUCAGUCGCUGGCCGGGGAGCUUUCGGGACGGUCCUAGCCGGGGUUUGGACUCGAACGGGAAUGGAACCUACGGCCGUGGCUAUAAAGGCAUUACAACCCGUGCCUCCACCGCCAGGCAGCGAUAUAUCGCAGUAUCACGCUUAUAAGGCGGCAGCAUCGCGUUGGUCCCGCGAGCCGAUAACUGGCGCCUGCCGCGCGUACUGCGGCCUCCGCCAGGAGCUGAGCGUGAUGCAUCAGCUCCGUCACCCGCACGUGCUGCCCCUGCUGGCCGUGUGCUGCCGCCCCCUGGCGCUGCUCACGCCGCACGCGCGCCCGGGUGCCCUAGAUGGCGUCCUUCGUCAAUACCGCGGCUGCGGCGCGCGAGUGAGCGAGAGAGUCGUUCGCGCUCUCGCUCUACAGCUCGCUAAAGCGCUGGAAUACUUGCACGCCGCUAGGAUUCUAUACAGAGAUCUUAAGUCUGAAAACGUUUUGGUGUGGUCAAUGCCGGAACCUCAGGACGCGGCCGCGGCUGAGCUGAGACCGACGCCUAUAAACGUUCACGUGAAAUUAGGAGACUACGGCAUCAGCCGGCUAGCGCCGCCGUCCGGCACGAAGGGCUUCGGCGGCACGGAGGGUUUCAUGGCGCCAGAGAUCAUGAGAUACAACGGCGAGGAGGAAUACAAUGAGAAGGUGGACUGUUUCUCAUACGGCAUGGUGUUGUAUGAGAUCAUAUCUCUACGGCAACCGUUCGAAGGACACGAGGCGGUUAAAGAGGCCGUGCUAGAAGGAGCUAGACCCGCACUAACUAAUAGGGAACUGUCGUAUCCCUGCAACAUAGUCCAAACGAUGCGUCGUUGCUGGAGCGGUAGGCCUGAACUGCGUCCCACAGGCGCAGCUCUGGCAGCUAUAUCUGCGGCCCCGGAAUUCCCUGCCUUGGUCACUGCUGCCAUGUAUACGGGGCCAGAGCCCAGUGCUGCUGCAGCUGUGCCUAUUGUUACUGAGUCUGGUGGAGGAGGAUGGGAAGUCUGGCUAGGUGGAACCCCAGGACGAGCUCGUUCCAUAGUGCUGGAGUCUAACAGGUGCAGCGAGCAACACACGCUGCCCUUACAAUCUGACAAGUCUCCCAAUGGCGAGCCAGUAUGUGUCACCGCCAUAUGCCGAGUGGGGAGCAAGCUGUGGCUAGGAGACAGCGCUGGAAGAGUCUCGGCAUACAGUGCAUCUUCUUGCUCCUUGCUAUGGGGUAUGUGCGUAUGUGAUGUGGUGGGAGGAUCUCCCUCCCCCGUGGUAGCGUUACUGCCGCUGCAACGAUUGCAAAGGGUCGCGCUAGCUCUGGAAUGUGGCAGAUUAUUCUUGGUGACUUCCCACCGGCCGGGUGCUGAAGGGGGCUUCGUAUUAUCCGAGUUGGGUGCCGCCACCAGCCUCGCCUGCCUCGCUGCCGUAUCUACGCCGCAAGGUUGCGACGUGUGGGCGGGCGGCGACGGCCUACACGCAUACUCCAUUUGGGCGGGCGGGGUCCGAGCCGCCCAUACCGUCGAUGUGUCUGCCCGCCCUACCUUACUGGCUGCUCACCGCCGUCAGCCUUACGUCUAUGGAUAUACGAGCCCUGGCGUGACAGUGUACCAGUGGUCUGCGGUGUCACGUGAAAUAACUGCUCGCUUGGACUGCAGCAAGUUGGCCCCUUGCUCUGAAAGUCUUCAUUCAAUGCCGGAACUUAGAGAUAACAAUCAAUGCGAGGUUUUAUCUCUAUGCGUUUGUGGGUCGCGUGUGUUCGUGGGAACCGGCGCGGGAGAACUGAUAGUGGCAGAUGCUGCUACACUGCGACCUCUCACUGUCUGUAGAGUCUACGAGAGACGGAUAACGUGCAUAGUCCCGUUGUCCCCGCACGAGGGGGCACCCGGGCCGCCCAUGAUCCUCACGGUGGGGGACACUUACCGCCCCCUACUCGACAGGUUCGCGCCCAUCAACACCCAGCAACAGAACAACACUAGUAACUACAGCGGCCCGUACUGCCUUCUGUGGAGAGCUCAUCACUGGUUACCUGACUAAACAUAUACAUUUAUUGAUAAUUACUCAUAAUAUGUUUGAAACUACACAUAGUAUGUAACACAGAACAUAGAAAGGGUCUCCCCCACUACACUUUUACCUAAUAGGUAACAGCCAAUCAAACGACCGGACAACAAGCAAUCGAACCAAUCAGCGUAAAGAACGCAAUCAGAACCAAGUUUUGGUCAAGUUAUGAGCAUUUGCUCAGAUAUAACUGUGGCGCGCCUGCCCCGCCCACAAGGCCCUUCUAAUCUCUUUCUGUGUUCUGUGGUAUAUAAUGACGCAUGACGUCACAAGCUCCCAAACAUUGACGCGCUGUAUCUUUGUAAUUUUUUGGUUGAACGACAACCAAAAAAAAUUUUAACGAAAAUAUAAGUGUUGAUAAUUUUUUGGUAAUCUUACUGAUGAACUUAAUGGAAUUUUAUAUUGAACCCCGACAUUAUGCCUAUUAUUAUAACCAAUGCUUAAAAUAAAACAUACACAUAGUAUGUUUCGAACUUGUCUAAUGUUGAACAAUGGUAUUUACUCUUGAAAAAACGAUUAAUACGUAGGAAGGCGACAGGGGAAGAUCUUUCCCCGAGCUGAUGUUAGAUCGGGGACCACGGCCGAACUGAUGUUGGUCGAGCAUUGCCUAUAUGGACUGUUAGCUUCCGAAUUUCACUUGCGCGAUGCAGGCUUCCAUACUUUGUGAAUUAUGGCGUCAUGUUAUGUCACUCUGGCUGAAAGUUUGGUGCAACAGGUCAUUUCAAAUUACGUACUGUAAUUAUUUUAUUUUUUACUUAGAAUUUGCAUUGUCUUAUGUCUGUCUGAAAUCUUAUGAAAUGUUCAUGAUAUUGUGAAUCAUAAUAACGAAAUGUGAUAAGUUUUUAUUGUUUCCUUUGUGUUGUGAAGUAUUAUUUAUUCAUUUUAAUAUUUUAAGGGUACGUAGAUCUUUUCUAGAACUUUUUUUUUGUUUUUAAUUCCAUUUAAAGUUGUGAGUUUAUUUAUUAAUUAAUCGUAUUGUUUUUCCGACAUCGUAUUUUAAAGUUUUGACUGUGCAUUGUAAAUGUUAAUAGCAACUUUGACAAGGUUCAUCGGUGGGUGGGUAGACCUUAAAAUUAACAUCUUAAUCUAUUCCACUCUUCGAAAAGCGGUAAAAUGUUUUACCGCACGCUCUGUUGCAUAGCCCGUAAUUUAGAAUUUUCUUAGAUGCAUUUUUGAGCAAAUGUGUUGCGUGCGGUUAAACGUUUUACCGCACGCUUCGUUGUAUAGCUGGUAAUUUUGAAUUUUGGUAAAUGCAUUUUUUGGGCGUAUGUGUUAAAAUUGAAUUUGUCAAUUCCCUACGGGACUUUAUUUUUCAUCCAACGUACUUUUCUAUUUGCUAAUAUGUGUGAUUUUAAGUACCGUAGAAAGAUAUAAUUUUAAACUUACAAUAAUUUAUUAUAUUAUUUACGGGAUUACUUCCAUCCAUGCACCUUGUUUUU